ACAAGGCGUCCACAGCGGGAGUGUGAUCUUCUCGAGUGGACUAGUCGCUCUUGCUGUGCCACACUCGCGUCACCAGAGAGGCAUCAUGGGCUUCCUCAAGUUCUCUCCCAUCCUGGUUCUCAGCGUGUGGAUCCUGUGCCUGGCCCACAGCCUUCCGGCAGUGCCUUUCAGGUCAACCUUGGAGAACAGCCCAGACCUGGCCACCCUCAGUGAGGAGGAAGCGCGUCUCCUGCUGGCUGCACUGGUGCAGGACUACCUGCAGAUGAAGGCCAGGGAGCUGGAGCAGGAGGAGCAGGAGGCUGAGGACUCCAGCCUCACUGCCCAGAAGAGAUCCUGCAACACUGCCACCUGUGUGACCCACCGGCUGGCAGGCUUGCUGAGCAGAUCUGGGGGCAUGGUGAAGGACAACUUUGUGCCCACCAACGUGGGCUCCAAAGCUUUUGGCCGGCGCCGCAGGGACCUUCAAGCCUGAACAGCUACUGGCUCCAGGAACAAGGUCGCCACGAAGCUGAGCUCACCACUUCUAUUAAUUUCUGUUGACAUCUCAGUGAGAAGAUACAUAUGUUUGUCUCCUAGAUCCUGAAACAGAAGCACCUUUGUCACUUGAAAGGAAUGAGCCUGAAUGCAAAUGAGCUAGUUCCAUAUUUGCUGUGCCUCAUUUUCACAGAGUCUGUGGCCAGUCGAUGUGAUGGCGUCUCCCAUUGGCUUACCUAGCAGCAAACCAAACGGGUUCUCUGAGCGCCAACUCUGCUGAACCUUAGGGAGAUGUGAAAUCACUGCCUAUUGUGGCCUCUGGGGACACAUGGUUAUAGUGAUGCUGUGCCUUGAUGUCUCCGAACAUGAUUGUACAAUUUGUUUAAGGAAAUGUCAAAAUUGUG